AUGGCAGUCUACCGUAACACUCGCGCCCGCCUGGAAGUUGACCUGAAGUCCAUCCAGGAGGCCAUGCGGUACCACUCCUCGUACGAAGUCGCGGCCGCUAUGACCGUCGCUCGUGAGAAGGUCAAGCGCUCCCAGGAGAUGAACAAGGUUGUUCAGCAAUGCUUUGAAUGCAUUGAGAUUGCCGCCAUUCAAGGCAUCAACUGGGUUGCCAAAACCUCCGCCACUAACUGGAGUGUCGAGCAUCCCCUCUGCGGCCUGGAUCUGAUGGUCAUCCUGAGCCUCUGGCUCUACCGCCUGGAACAUGACGAUGAGCCGGCGACUGAGGCCGAAAUGGCCAUCUACAACAAAGUGCGCAACCUGUUUGACGACGACGCCAUCGAUGCCUUUGGCAAGCUCAGCUCCACCGUCGCCCGUGUAUGGGGUAACAUCCUAGACGGCGUGGUUGUCUGGGGUAUAACCAAACUCAUGGGCGAGUCGUUCAAGCUGCACUCCCAGGCCCUAGUCGGCUACGAGGAUUCCCUCCGCGUCGGCAAGGAUCAGCCGAUCCACGCAGUGCCAACUAAGUCGCUUGCCAGCGUCGGCACUGCUUAUUAAAUUUCCUUGAGUUAUUUCCUUGAGUUAUUUCCUUGAGUUCAUCUGCUUUUGAUUUAUUUCGGGUUCUUACUCUCCUUUGUUGGAUGCUUUGGGACACUUCGGCAACGGGACUGGACAAUACCAGUGGGCAAGGCGGGGUGUUUGGGAUUGAAUACUUCGCUUGAUAUCCCUCUUGGUGGUUCCGGGUUCUUUGGAUUGAUUUCUUUUUUCUUUGCUUUGCUUUUUUUAUGCAUCUUCCUGCUUUUCUGCACCAGGGAGUCCAGUAUGGUGUUUCUGCUUUCCGUCUUCGACACCUGGCUGGUCCUGUGUGUUCUUUCGCACUCCAUGGAGUUUUCUUCUUUUAUUCGGUUCAUCUUAACCCCUAAUCGUGCCCCCCAGUCCAUCUGCUUUUCGUGCUCUCGAUACCUUUUGUUUUUCUUGCGUUCUUGUUUUUCUUUCCUUUGUGUGCAUCUGCAUCUGCUUUUCUGGCUGGGUUUCCAGUCGCUGUAUUUGAUGUUAAUUGCCAUGUCCUUUUCCCCGUCUAUCUUGCGCUUUGCUUUCUGCCCAGCAUCGUUUUAACUUUUAUUUUCCCUUUCGCCUUUUGUUUUCCUUGCACAUGCUUUUAUGCCGUUUAUAUGUACUAUACGUAAUCGAUGAAUUUAUUAUUUGCGGG